ACAGGAACACAGGGUGCCCUUGCAGCCCUCAAGGCCAGCGGCACGAGAGAGAGCCAUGGCUGGGCUCUGGACCCUGGUCCUCCGCUGGGCACUGCUGAACUUCGGUGACUCCGUAGGCAGCCCAGAGUUGUGGGUACGAGUCCAGACGGAGGCCACCGAGCUCCCAUCCUUCUUGGUUCGCUGUGGGUUGCUGGGGUCUGGUCCCAUCUCCCAGGUGACCAUAAGCUGCGAAGGGCUUGAUGGUGCUAAAAGGACCACACUGGCUGUGUUGCACCCAGACUUUGGUGUCCAGCAGUGGGCCCCUGCCCACCAGGCCCGCUGGGAAACUCAAUGCAGCGUCUCCCUCACCGUCACUGUGGAGGAGUCCCAGACAAGAAGCCACAUGACCAAUGCCACCUUCUGCUGCGAGUUCACUGUCUUCCCUGACGGCUCCCACAGUGCCUGUGGGGAUUCCCUGGCCAGCUCAGACCAAGGGCUCCCUGGCCCGACUCCGGCCUCCACUCUUCGAGCAGACCUGGCUGGGAUCUUGGGGGCGUCGGGGGUCCUCCUGUUUGGUUUCAUCUUCAUCACAUAUCUCCUGCGCCAGCGGAGGCAUCGGUCUGUCACUAAGCUUCGGCCACCCCUCGCCGGCACCCAGAUGCAGACCACCAGCCAAGCCCCCCUGGCUGCACCGCAUCUCCCCUAUACCACCCUCUGCCCAGCGGUUCUGGAAACAGGGGCUGUCCACCUGGACCAGCUCCUGCCCUGGUGUGUGCCACUCCCCACCCACCCAGCACACCGACCCCGGCCUGGGUCCCUGGCCUUCCCACCAGCCUCUGCGCACAGUGGGUUCAUCUCCGUUGAGAACGCUCUGUAUGAUAAGGCGGGAGGAGAGAGUCUUCCCCACACUGGUCCCAACCUUCCCCUGACCCUCUGCAGCCUGCCAGAGGCCUGAAGGGACACUCAGGAGUUGGAUGACAGACACGCCAGUCCCACGUGGCUCUCUGCCUCCCAGAGGGAGGCCUCUGGACCCUCCUGCUGCUUUCUGGUGUCUCCAGCCCGGGUGUGGGCCAUCUCUGCACAUCUUGUUUCAUUUUUAGGGCUCUGGUGGGUGUCUGCACACACCCUGGCGGGGGGCCCACUUGCCGCGGGAGCAUCACUGUGAACGUGGAGUGUGACAAAGGCCUAUUCCAGGUCAUGCCCGUGUUGCGCAUGUCCCCACUUUCCAGGCGGUGGACGUCCCUGACAAUGUUCAUAAAAUGGUCCCUCUGACUUGGACAUUAUCUGGGCUCUUUCUUCUUCGGGAGAUUAAUUAAGAAGUCAGGUGGCAGGAGCCAGGUGAGAGCUAGAGGGGACCAGAGGUGACCAGUGGGGCUAGGGUGGCUGUGCCUGGACUUGGCUGGACAGGCUGAGGGGCACCAAG